CUCCCUACCUCCGAUCCCUCCCCGUCUUUUCGCUAGGUUUGUUGCUGCUCUCCCGUUCGGCCGUUCCCUCCCUCCUCCGCCCUGGACCUGAAGUCCUGAACCAGGAACAACGAGGGACGGCGACCUCGACGCGCCGCCCUCCCUCCACUCCGCUGUCCGCUCGCACCGUCGCGGCGCCAGCGCCACUGCACCCCCAGAUUUAUUCCAUCUGAUCGCAUCGCAUCGCGCCGCGCGCUGCCAGCGCAGCACCCCCGUCGUCGUCCCGUCCUCCUUUGCGAACGAAAACAACGCAAGAGCGACAAGAUCUGGGGGUACGGCGGCGCCGGUCGACAUCCACCCGCUGGCCGCUGCUAGUGGACUAGUGUAACAAUAUAUACCGCCAGAUCCCCGGCUCCCUGCCGCGUGCCCGUCGGUGCCCACCCACGGAGCUCCAGCUACCAGCUCACUCCCACUCCACUCGAGCAGCUCGCGCUCCAAGGUCGGGCUCGGCUGGGCUGGGUUCCUUCGCCAGGGAGGCGCCAUGAAGUACAGCAAGGAGGACAAGCCCGAGAGGGCGGGCGGCGCCGGCGCGGGGGGCAGGGCGGUGCCGGUGGCGCUCCUCGUCAUCGUGCUCUGCGCCUUCUCCUUCUACCUCGGCGGCGUCUACAGCACGGGCCGCAGCCUCCUCGAUUCCAUCCAGCCGGCGCCGACUCUCCUCGCCCUCGGCACCACCGCCACCCAGCAAUCCUCCGCCCUGGUCCAGCCAGCACCGUCCACCACGGCCACGGCGCUCGCGGCGGUGUCGUUCCCCGAGUGCCCCGCCGACUUCCAGGACUACACCCCCUGCACCGACCCUAGGCUCUGGCGGCGCUACGGCAACUACCGCCUCAGCUUCAUGGAGCGCCACUGCCCGCCGCCGCCGGAGCGGCAGCAGUGCCUCGUCCCGCCGCCCAAGGGGUACAAGCCGCCCAUCCGCUGGCCCAAGAGCAAGGACCAGUGCUGGUACCGCAACGUCCCCUACGACUGGAUCAACAGCCAGAAGUCCAACCAGCACUGGCUCGCCAAGGACGGCGACCGCUUCCGCUUCCCCGGCGGCGGCACCAUGUUCCCCAACGGCGUCGGCGCCUACGUCGACGCCAUGCGGGCGCUCAUCCCGGGGAUGCGCGACGGCACCGUCCGCACCGCGCUCGACACCGGCUGCGGCGUCGCCAGCUGGGGCGGCGACCUGCUCGCCCGCGGCAUCCUCACCGUCUCCCUCGCGCCGCGGGACAACCACGAGGCGCAGGUGCAGUUCGCGCUCGAGCGCGGCAUCCCGGCCAUCCUCGGCAUCAUCUCCACGCAGCGCCUGCCCUUCCCGUCGGCGGCCUUCGACAUGGCGCACUGCUCGCGCUGCCUCAUCCCCUGGACCGAGUUCGGCGGCCUCUACCUCCUCGAGAUCCACCGCGUCCUCCGCCCCGGCGGCUUCUGGGUGCUCUCCGGCCCGCCCAUCAACUACGAGAACCGCUGGCACGGCUGGAACACCACCGCGCAGGCGCAGAAGGCCGACCUCGACCGCCUCAAGAAGAUGCUCGCCGCCAUGUGCUUCAAGCUCUACAACAUCAAGGGCGACAUCGCCGUCUGGCAGAAGUCGCCCGACGCCACCGCCUGCUACGACAAGCUCACGCCCAUCACCACGCCGGCCAAGUGCGACGACAGCGUCGACCCGGACGCCGCCUGGUACGUGCCCAUGCGGCCCUGCGUCACCGCCCCCAGCGCGAGGUACAAGAAGCUGGGGCUCAACGCCACGCCCAAGUGGCCGCAGCGCCUCACCGUCGCGCCGGAGCGCAUCAACGUCGUCCCCGGCAGCAGCGCCGGCGCCUUCAAGCAGGACGAUGCCAAGUGGAAGCUCAGGGCCAAGCACUACAAAACGCUGCUGCCAGCGCUCGGGACCGACAAGAUCAGGAACGUCAUGGACAUGAACACGGUCUAUGGAGGAUUCGCGGCCAGCAUCAUCAAGGACCCCGUCUGGGUCAUGAACGUCGUCUCCUCUUACGGGCCCAACUCGCUCGGCGUCGUCUACGACAGAGGCCUCAUCGGCGUCAACCACGACUGGUGUGAGGCAUUCUCGACAUACCCACGCACCUAUGAUCUUUUGCAUCUUGAUGGCCUCUUCACUGAAGAGUCUCACAGGUGCGAGAUGAAGUUUGUACUUCUUGAGAUGGACCGCAUCCUUCGCCCCACGGGUUAUGGGAUAAUCAGGGAGAGCACCUACUUCCUGGAUUCUGUAGCAGCCAUUGCCAAAGGAAUGAGAUGGAGCUGUGAGAGGCGUAACCCUGAAAACAAGACUGACAAGGACAAGAUCCUAAUCUGCCAGAAGAAGCUUUGGGCAGGAAAGCAGUGAGAGGGAAUUGUUUGAUCCAAGUAUAAAAAGAAAGAAUCCUUAACCUGGAUGGAUGAUUUGUUGAUCCAGUCAAUGGUAUACGGCUCAAAUGUGCUGUGACCUCAGCCACCUAGGCAAAGGCGCUUCACCAUCUGGUACACAUGAAACAUGAACACUCUGAUGUACAAGAAUGUUCACAGUUAAGAUAAAUAAGAGUAAACCUCCGUAUAGGAUCCAAAAGUUAGUACUAUUUGCCAUUAAUCACACAGUUAAUUCUUUUUUGUACGAACAGUUAGGGGUGGGUGGUUGAUACCAAGAGCAACUGUAAGUUACUCCACAGUCCACACUACAUGUGUUCAUUUGUACAACAUAUAGCUUGGUGCUGUCAUUGUAAUAGAGUGCCAUAUUUAUUUAAACAUUUAUGGAGCAAGAUACUACUCA